AUGGCUCCAACAAAGCAGGAACUCUCCCUGCUGAUCACCCCUCUCGUACCCGAGGCCGUGCAGCACAACAACCGCGUCCUCUCCUCCCUCCACAGCCUAACCUCCUUCCUCCUCGGCCUAUCCGCCGGAGUCCUAGCCCUCCAAUCAGGCUACGGCUUCGCCUUCUACUUCCUCGGCACCAUCCUGGUCUCAGGGCUCUUCCACGCAGUGCUGAUCCACCGCUCCGGCGGUGCAGGUGCCGGCUCGUUCUUCCCUGGUAGUAACACCGGCGAGAUCGAGGGUGUUAUUGAGAUGGAUGAGAAGAGCAAGGCUGUGCGCAUGCAGCUUGGUGGGAAGGCUGGUCCGAGGAAGAUUCUCCGCAAGGGCGCUUGGAGGGAUGUUUGGUUUGGUGGUGGUGUUAUGAGUGAGGCGCUUAGUGGGUUUGUGCUUGGGUGGGCUGGUGUUGGGGGUGUUUUGAGGUGAAAGCAGUAUCGGCUGGUGGGAUCUUGGAUUCUAUUUAAAAGCUGUCGGUGGAUUUGGUGGGUGAUGUUUAGGGGAUUGUAUAUGCUCUGUACGAAUUGAAUUGUUGCAUGCUUUUAAUUGAUA